AUGCCACGGAUCACAAUACCGAAUAAACCUUUCGACCUAUUCUAUAGAAUAUCGACACCCUCAGAGAGGGAUAAAGCGCAGGAGAUAGAUGAGGAGUACGAGACGAUAUUGUUCUUUCAUCCUUUCUGGGUGGAUUCUUUUUACUUUUACCCACAAUUUGAUGAUCCAACGUUCUAUGAGAACUAUAAUCUCAUAGCGUUUGAUGCUCCCGCUCAUGGAUCAACGAAAGUCAUGGAUAUCUCACCUGAUCCGGUCACUUGGUCGUACCAUGCUACUUUAGUAAAAGAAGCUUUGACAGUACUUCAUAUCCCCUCGGUACAUCUCGUCGGAUCAACUAUGGGAUGCUGUCCCGCUAUGCACUUUGCAGCUCAGUAUCCUGACCUGUCGAAGAAUCUGAUCAUGUCUGCUCCGCCUGCUUUGACGGAAGCUACCAAUUGGUCUUUGACUUUUAGAGAAAGUAUGCAUAUUCUGAUCAACGCGGUGAAAUCUCGCGAUGGCGAACCUCUCGAUGCCAUCACCUCUGUGAUCUUCGAUUAUAACGCGACCUCCCACUCGAAGAGGCUGGUGAAGGAUUUGGAGGAAGAGUACAUCCAAUUGACUCGAUCGAGAUUAUUAAAUGGGGAAUUGAAUGGAGACAUAACUGUACCUAUUGUCAUUUCACUGGCUCUCUCCCGUAAACAUAUUAUAAGUGACGAACAAGCAAUCAACUUGAAAUGUCCCGUAUUGAUCUUACAGGGUACAUUGGAAGGAUGGGAGGAGAACGAUGAUCAGUGGGUCGAUAUGUUGGAAAAGACACGUAGAUUGUACACGGAACAGAACGAUGGGAAGGUAUGCGAUAUGCAAAGAGUCGUACUGGAGGGUUGUCCAAGAUGGAUGACUUUGACUCAUCCAGAUUUGGUAAAUCCGAUAAUUCACAAAUUCAUAUCUAAAUUCGAAUCAUCCAUUUCAUCUGAUCCCACCCAAGACUUGUUACAAGAUUUGAAGAUAAGCCAUAAGUCGACGGACACCACCACUGAGAAUCACGAUAAUGAACAGAAGACGAUAACGGAUGGAGGAAGAAGGAGAUCAUCUACCAAGAAACCUCUAUCACCAAGAGACAAGACUGAAUUUGGCAUUCAACCUCCACAGAAUGGGAUAGGGAAAUCUCAAUCGAGUUCUAUUGGACAAGUAUUGCAAAAGGACAAGGCAACUGUUGAACCUUCCAUAACACAGACGAUACCGAGUGGGAGUGGGGGUGCAAGUGAUGGAGUGAAAGUGAAAGUUGAAGUGGUGAUGAAGGUAGACUAG